AUGAAACGAGAGCAUCUUUUCCAUUUUCCAACAACCUGCAGCCGGGAAGGCGGGCGGGGGAGGAAACCCCGAGGAGGCGCUCCCGGCCGCCUCUUUGCUGAGGUAGCAGGAGCGGCAGCCUGCGGAGCCACGGGCGCAGCGUCACCGAGCCGGUGCGGGUGCGGGGCGCUCAGGAAGGCGCAGAGGCCCGGAGGCGCUGGUGCGGCGGAGUCGCCCGCGCUGCAGGACGCCGCGCCGGGGCCGCCGGAGCGCCACGGGCCGGUCGAGCUGCAGGACGAGCCGGCGGCCGCGCGCUGCCCGGCGGCGCCGUGCCUCGAGCACCUGCUUGGAGCCCAGCGGGCGAUUGAAAGAACCCGGAGAGCUCGGCCAGUCGUCCUGUUCUUGACAAAAAACAGCCAGAGCCGGGAGAAGGCGACCAUUUCAGUACUCCGCCGGACUGGGAAUUUGCUUCUCACAAUUUGGGAGAGCCCGAGUAGAGGUCAGAGGGGCAGGCGAGGAUCCCGAAAAGGAGCCGAGGGCUGUGGAAGUGGUCACCCCCUCCCCUAUUGCAGGAAAAUCUCCUUGACAUGUUUUAGCACUUCGAGGCUGCUGCAGCUGGUGUCGUCGGAAAAGGGGGUGGGAAAAAUAAGAGAGGGGGCGGGGAGAGAAGGGAGACACAGCCAAGAGCCAGGAGCAGCGCCUCCUCGCCUGCCAAUCCAGGCACCUGUGCACCGAGCCACUGCACCGAGGAGGACCCCACUCCGGGAGAACCCCGGGCUUCAAGCCACGGACAGUCAGCCCCUGGGCAGCGAGUUCUCACCGGAGGGACCUGCAACCGCCCACUCCACCGUCGCCUGCAGCCGCGGGAGCGCACGGCCCCUCCAAACCGCCCGCUGCUUCCCGGGUCCCCGGGGAUCCUCGCCUAGGAGAGGCGCGGCAGCGGGCACGGGGUGUUACGAAGUUGGGUGCAAGAUUCGCCUUUUCGGCUCGUCUCUUCUCCUCCGGGGAUUUAUUGUCUGUGGAGCCUUCUGGGGUGGGGAGGGAGCUGCGCCUCCGCCACCGCCGCUGCCGCCUCUGUUGCUGCGGUCGCUUGCGCGGCGCGCAAGGCAGGCGGAAGCUGGGGAGUGGAUGCGCUCCUGCCUCCCCCGCCGGCGCUUCGGGCUUCCCCUCGGCCGCUUCCCGCGGAAACCUCUCCAGCUGUCCACCUGA